AUGCAGACACCACCACGUGCUUCGACUGAAAACUCGGCUUCAAGGCUGAAGCUGUAUCCCACAAACCCUAACAACAAGGAGGCCAUGAUGGAGCUCAAGAAUGGUGAUGACCAUGGCGUCGGCGAGGUUUCGACGCUCGACAUGCAGGCAGGUCAUGCCGAGCCGCCGAAAGUGUACGGAUUCUUUUCCAUGAUGGCACUUGCAGUGUCUCUGAUGGCGACGUGGGAGGCGCUUUGCAGUACAAUGGGAUCUGGCCUGGUUAGCGGCGGGCCAGUGUCUCUUGUCUAUGGAUUCAUCGUGUCCUUUGCUGGAAACAUGUUGACCAGUAUGUCGUUGGCCGAGGCUGCAGCCAUGUUUCCUUCCGCAGGCGGCCAAUAUCAGUUCGUUGCCGAACUCAGCCCGCCAUCAAUCAGGCCCGCCUUGAGUUGGUACUGUGGAUGGCUCACAGUUCUGGGAUGGCACUCUUUUACAGCGUCUGCUCCAUUUGGAGCAGCCAAUCUCACCUUGGGCUUGAUUUCGCUCUCUCAUCCCGAUUUUGUGUCCAAGCCAUGGCACAAUAGUUGCAUCUAUUGGGGAAUUACCCUGAUAGCACUUGCAUUCAACAUGUGGGGCAACCGUAUCUUACCGUACAUUCAGAACGCCAUUCUCGCCUUCCACGUAGGUUUCUUUGUUAUCAUUUUUAUUGUCAUGCUGGCUUUGAAGCCAGAAGCGAACAGCGCGAAAUUCGUCUUCAGCGAGUUCCGCAACAGCACGGGUUGGAGCUCCGAUGGCGUCGCUUGGUUUCUCGGAAUGCUCACCUCUUGCUAUGUCAUGAUAGGCUACGACUCAGCAACUCACAUGUCGGAAGAAAUCCCCAACCCCGACCGCAACAUCCCCAAAGCCAUGCUUCUCUCCAUCGCCGUCAACGGUACUAUGGGUUUCGCUAUCCUCAUCCCUGUCCUUUUCUUCAUGGGCAACCUCGACGCAGCUCUCGCCUCUGGCCCCUUUCCCAUCAUCCACAUCUUCACCCGCAUCACAGGCGGCAACACCGCCGCCACCAGCGCAAUGACCUCGACCAUCAUCAUCUCGGCCUCCUUGGCCACCUUCGGCCUUUUAACCGCGACGUCCCGCAUCCUCUGGGCGUUUGCUCGCGACGGCGGAACCCCGUUUUCCACGGCGUUGGGCCGCCUGGGAAGUAGCAGCCAGAUUCCCGUGACAUCGCUAUUGGUGUCCACGGCCGUUAUCGUCCUAUUGGGCGCGCUGCAAAUUGCGUCGUCGACUGCCUUCGCUGCUAUCCUCUCCCUCACCGUCAUCGGGCUCAACCUCUCCUAUCUCAUGCCCAUCGUUCUACUACUCUACCGCCGCAUCGCGACGCCACAGAUGCUCAUGUACGGGCCGUUCAAGCUGGGAAAAGCAGGUAUCCUAGUGAACAUCUUGUCGAUUAUUUUUCUGGUGUUCACCAGUGUGUUUUUGCUAUUCCCCACGGCGCAGCCCGUCACGCCCAAGAAUAUGAAUUAUGCGAGUACGGUGCUGGGUGGCUUGUUGAUCCUCGUUACGGUGGAUUAUGUAUUUAGGUCCAAGAAGAGGUAUACGGGCCCGACGCUUGUUUUGCAGGGUAUGUCGGUGCGGGAGGAGUGA